AUGGCGUCAGACAUAGUUGAACUUGUUAAGGUGACUCGUGUUAAAAUGGGCAAAACAUAUGUUGUAUUUGUUGGACGUAAUCCUGGUAUUUAUGAUAGUUGGGCAGAAACACAUAAUGAAGUGAAUAAAUUUAGUGGUGCUUUACACAAAUCAUAUUGGAGUAGAGAAGAGGCAGAGAAAGCUUAUGGUGCAUUUUUAAAUACACAGUUGAAACAACCCGUAGCUACUUCAUUUGCUUUCAGUGACAACAAUUCUGUGACUUCAACUUCAAAUUCCAGUUCAAGUUCAAGUACAACACCUAACAAAUCUGAAAAAAUUGCUAAGCUACGAGAUGCUCAACUGGAGUUAAAACGUGAGAAUCGCGAUCAUGCAGCAAGAGUUGCGAAGAUAUAUGAAAAGAUUGAUACAAUAUUUGAAUCCUUGUACUUGUGA